GGAUUAAGAAAUCAGAAGCCAGAAAAAGCUACCGCACAUGACCAAAUGUUCACAACUAGCAAGUAUUUGUGAAAAUAACACUUUCAACGUUCACUUGAGCCAAUUGCUUAAUACGGGACCCAAAACAACUGUCACCACCGCAAGGAAUCCUAUAAAGCGAAUAAAAAGCAAGAGGAACCCCACCAAACCAAGAAAACCAGCUCACAUAUUUUCAUGGUGCUCUUCUCAUGGCUACUUUUGCCGUCCAUUUCUAAUCUUUUUCACAAUAACUUUUACUUUGAAAGCUUUUGUUAGUGCCCACUCUUCCUAAUUCUCUAAAAUAUCUCUGCAUGGGAGAUCUCAAGUUGCUCAAACCGACAUUAUUUCUUCUAUAAAUACCCUUCAAUACCUACAAUAGCCCCUCCAUGUCUCUAGUUACUCACAAACCUCUUCUACUUCUGCAUGAAAAAAAUCACAAUCUUAUACAUACCUCAGCAUUUGCUUCUUGAUUGAAAGGGUCUUCUCUUUGUUUUAAGCCAGUUUAAUGGCAGAGAACUUUGAUACUCAGCUGGUGAGUCCUCUUCCUUCAUCCAUUUCUUGCUGGGUCAUGUCAAAUCCCCGAGCUUCUAAGAUGAAGCGCAGGGCUUCGACGGUCUUGAAGAAGACAUUCUCCUUCAUAGUGAACAUGGUGAGGGCCAAGUCCAUGUUAGCAAAGGGAAAAUGCAGUGCCAUUAAGACUAGGCUCCUCAUUUUCGGGCUCCUGCGAAACAAGAAGGUUAUUAUGACUGCAAUAAACCAUAAGAUACAUGCUAUCAUGGGCCAGGAGAAAGGAAAACAAGCCGAGAAUGAAGAGGACUACAGCAAGGCAAUUGUGCUGUACAAUAAUGCAGAGGAGGCGCCUUCAAACACCAGUCCCUUGGAAGCUUUUCGGUCCUACGAAGUGGAAGAUGAAGAUGAUGACUAUCCAGACCUUCGUCACUCACUCUUCGACUCGGAAGAUGAUGAUGAAGACGAUGAUGAGCUUGUAAAUGGCACUGGAUCUGUCAUAGAUCUAGUCAGGAAUUCGAGGGAGGAUGGCACUGAGUUCAAGCUUGAAGAUGAGAUUGACCAUGUCGCUGAUGUGUACAUCAGAAGGUUCCAUAGGCAGAUGAAGCUGCAAAAACAGGAGUCUUUGAAGAGGUACAGAGAGAUGCUUGCAAGAGGCGUCUAAGAGCUCUUGACUGCCAUCAUUUUAGAACUCGUUUUGCAUGGUUCUGCUACUAGUCACAUCAUUAUCAUCAGCUUCGUUGGAGCUCCAGACACUUCUUUCCUUUGAUAUUUUACCAACUCAGAGGAAGCAACAAGUUCAUGUGUCAUCAUGUAUGUUAACAAGUUUUUUUUUUUUUCCCCUCGCAAAUUCUGUAAUCUCAUUGCAAUAAAUAUGUAGUUCAUAUAUCUGCUAGUAUUAAUAUUCUUUUGUGAGUGAUGCGUGAUGGACUGUCUCUGUAUCAACUCAACUGUUAUCAUGUAUGUCAACAAGUUCUAUUAUUUUUUUUUCUCUCGCAAAUAUUGUAAUCUUCUGUUAUCUCAUAGCAAUAAACUAUGUAGUUCAUAUA